AUGCCAGAAACAGUUUUGGCCCGAAUUUGUCUUGAAGCAUCAGAGCGUCUUGCAAAUCUCCAACCAACACUCAGUCACUUGCUGUUCGGAUGCGGCCAAGCUUCAAGUCAGCUCGCACAAGCACGACUUAACUGGGGAGCUCGUGUUCAGGAGAAUGUGAUUAGCCCAAUGAAACGUGUAGCCGAAGCUACUGGUCCCAAUAGUGAAAUGGUGCGCUCUCGAAGACAAGCAUGGCGAGCAGGAGGUGAAUUGCGCUCAGUCAGUGAACGAGCUGCACGUGCUGCAAACUCAUUGGCUCAUUCUCAAGGUUAUUCAACUGAUGAGAUCCAAUCACCGGACAGUGAGGCACCUUUAGAGAGCUUGCAGUCUCAAGGAGCUACUUCUAAUAGGAAAGGUAGCGGAUGUAAAAUAAAUCCAAACAAAAGCAUCUUAAAGAAUACCUCUUCACCUAUAAGCCAAACCAGCCACAAUCAACAUUCAAACUCCACUAUGAUAAAAGGUAUUGCAAUUUAA